AUGUCCCUCGCCCUGGCCGACGACGUGGAGCUCCUGGCAGGCGAGGACGUGGGACAGCUGAUGUCGCUGAAGCAGCAUCUGGCAAACGACCCUCCAGAGGGAACCAGCCAGGGCGGCCGCGACAGGUGCAGGCGGGCGGUGGCCGGGGAGGGCAUGCUCGAGCAUCACAGGCAUCAAGUCAGCCGCCACGCGAGCUGCUGCUGCCAGGCGCAAGCCACGGUGCUGUCGACGCUCGUCCGUGGCCAAGCGGGGUUCGCGCUCGUCCGCAGCAUCACGGCUUCGCGCUCCUUGCGGGCCGUUAUCUUCUGCAUGGACUUGCUGGGGUCCCUGGUGCUGGCCACCGCGCUGUGCUCCGCGAGCGGCGGAGGAAGAGGUCGCCGAAGGGUUGCCAGUCCAGCUGCAAUAAUCUGA